UGUGGGCUGUGCCUGCCUGUAUAAAGGGCUAGCUAGGGAGGAGGGAGCUGAUCUAUUAGCUCCUUUACUCAGCUACAGUCACAGCCAGAGGAGACGAAGCAGAGUUAAUAGGAUUCCUGCCCAGGACACCAUGGCUGAAGAUCUGGUGCUGGAAACAUGCGACCUGCAGCCCGAGAGCAACGGGGUGAUGCACAGGACGGAGGAGAUGGGUAGCCAGCGGCUCGUGGUGAGGAGGGGCCAGCCCUUCACCAUCAUGCUGCACUUCGCGGGGCGGGGGUAUGAGGACGGCGUGGACACACUUGCCCUCAAUGUGCAAACAGGACCGUGCCCCACGGAGACCGGGGGAACCCGGAGCCACUUCCCCGUCUCCAGCUGCCUGCAGGCGUCGGCGUGGAGCGCGGCAGUGCAGCAGCAGGACGGCACGGCUCUCUCCUUGUCCCUCUGCUCUCCACCCGACGCUCGCAUCGGCCUCUACACCCUGACCAUGGAGGCCUCCACCGGCUACCAAGGCACCAGCUUCCGGCUGGGCGAGUUCAUCCUGCUCUUCAACCCGUGGUGUCCAGAGGACACCGUCUAUCUGGAGGAUGAAGACCAGCGCACCGAGUACGUGCUGACGCAGCAGGGCCUCAUCUAUCAGGGCUCAAACGACUUCAUUGUCCCCACACCCUGGAACUUCGGGCAGUUUGAGGACAACAUGGUGGAAACGUGCCUCCUGCUGCUGGACACGAACCCCAAGUUCUUCCGGGACCAGAACCGGGACUGCUCCCGCCGCAACUGCCCUGUCUACAUCGGCAGGGUCGUAAGCGCCAUGGUGAACUGCAACGACGACCGGGGGGUGCUGGCGGGGCGCUGGGACAACAAGUACAGCGACGGGGUGAGCCCCAUGUCCUGGAUAGGCAGCGUGGACAUCCUGCGGAGAUGGAGCAAGUUCGGCUGCCAGCCCGUCAGAUACGGCCAGUGCUGGGUCUUCGCUGCGGUGGCUUGUACAGUCCUGAGGUGCCUGGGGAUUCCCACGCGCGUGGUGACCAACUACAACUCUGCCCACGACACCAACCAGAACCUGGUCAUCGACCGCUACCUGGACGAGAGAGGCAGCCUGCAGCAAGGAUCCAAGGACAUGAUAUGGAAUUUCCACUGCUGGGUGGAGUCGUGGAUGGCCCGUCCCGACCUCUCCGCUGGCUAUGACGGAUGGCAGGCGCUGGACCCCACUCCGCAGGAGAAGAGCGAAGGGGUUUACUGCUGCGGCCCCUCGCCCGUCAGAGCCAUCAAGGAAGGCGACCUGGCCCUGAAGUACGACAUCCCGUUCGUCUUUGCGGAGGUCAACGCGGACCUGGUCUACUGGAUCCUGCAGAGCGACGGCUCCCGGAAGAAGACCGUCCACCCCUCCAUCGUGGGGAAGAGCAUCAGCACCAAGGGCGUGGGCCGAGACAGCAGGGAGGACAUCACCCACCACUACAAGUACCCCGAGGGCUCUGACAAGGAACGGGAAGUGUUCUCCAAAGCCAAACGCCAGAAGAGGCCGGUGCCGCAGGAGGAGACAGGCGUGACCAUGAGGAUCAAGGUGCCCCAGGGCGCCAACAACGGCUGCGACUUCGACGUCGUCGCCGCCAUCCACAACGACACCGAUGCCGAGCGGCUGUGCCGCCUCAUGUUCUGCGCCCGCGUCGCCAGCUACAACGGAAACGUGGGCCCCGAGUGCGGCAUGAAGGAUCUGCUCAACGUCACGCUGCCGCCCCGUGGAGACAAAGUGGUGCCGCUGCGCGUCCUGUAUGAGAAGUACGGCCACUGCCUGACCCAGGACAACAUGGUCAAAGUGGUGGCGCUGCUGGUCGAGUACCAGACCCAGGAGCACACCGUGGCCAUGCGAGACGUCUACGUCAAGAACCCGGACAUCAAGAUCAGGAUACUGGGGGAGCCCAAGCAGAAGCGGAAGCUGGUGGCCGAGAUCGCGCUGACCAACCCACUGGCGACACCGCUCAACGGCUGCUCGUUCAUCGUGGAGGGCAGCGGCCUCACUCAGGGCCAGAAGAUCCAGGAGCUCGACUGCCCCAUGGAGCCUGGGCAGGAGGCGAAGGUGCGGGUGGACCUGAUGCCCCGGCAGGCUGGCCUGCGCAAACUGGUGGUGGAUUUCGAGAGCGACAAGCUGAAGGGGGUGAAGGGUUUCCGCAACGUCAUCAUCGCCCCCCUGCCCAAGUAAGGCCCCCGUGGGCCCGACCUCCUCCGCCCUCCGUGAGAUGCUCCUGCCCUGCGUGAGCCCCUGCCUCGGAUGGGACGCCCCAGCCCACUGGCCUGGGUCCUGCGACCAGGUCCCGCAGCCAGCUGCAAAGGCAGCGACCCGCCAGCUUGUGCCCACGGUUACGUCUGGGGGGCAGGGGAGGGAGCAGGGGAGCCAGUGGGCCCUGAAGCCUGCCCACCAGGCUUGGGGCUGUCCUUUGCAUUCAUGCCCUUGCCAGUGCCCUGUGUGCUGCUGCCAGAGCGUGUGCAAGGCUUGAGGCACGGCUUUGUGCAUCACGGCUCUCCUUGCCUGGAGAUGCCUGGCCCCCAGACCCUGCCCACGAUCCCUGACCCGCGCCCCUCUGGGGAAGAGUCACUAGUGCAAAUGUGCAAAGGCACAGGAGAUCGCCUCCGUCUCCGACACUCUUGAGUUCGUCCACAAGACAGGCCCCUUCCAGGUGGUCCCAUGCCCAGGGGAAGUCACCAGGGAAGUCACUGGGGAAAAAGCAAGGAAGCAAACAGAGUGGGCAGCAGGCAUGAGGCCAGUGAGCCAGACAGGCCUGGAGUGUCCCCAAGGUCUGGCCUGGGGCUCCCAGUCUCUGGGACGGUCACUGGGACAUCAGGACACAGUCCCCGGUGCGCGUGGGUCCGUGCAAUGUGGCCACUGCGUCCCUUGUCAGUGAAAGGGUUAAACGAGUCAUGGUGCUACCUGGGCCCUGGACAUCAUCCAGGCUGGAGGUGCAUGAACCUCCCUCCCCUCCCUGGACUUCCCCAGCAGCAGCACCCAGAGCUUGCAAGGGAAAACCAGGAGGCAUCUGAACAGGCCUGGGAAAGUCACGGUCUCUGACCCCAGCCCAAACGCUGCCCUGAGCUGGGAGCUAAGCAGCGGCGAGGCUACAGCUGGUCCCAGGCCCCACUGCCAAGAGCAUUUCUGAGCCCCGCUAGGCAGAGCAAGGCUUUGCAACGCGCUUCCGUGUGCUACCCGGACGCUGAGCACUACCCCA